CCAGUUGUCGAGGCUCCCCUUGUUUGAAUUAAUUGAAAGCGGAGCGCUCUCAAAGUCCUUGUUUGCAUUGGCGAUACAAGUGGUCAGGAUGUGGCUGAGGGGUUUAAGCUGCCGUGUGCUGUCGGAGCUGAGACGAGCCGCCAGCAGCGAGCCGGGACAGAGCAUGCAGGGCAAACUGCAGCUGGCGCGGGUCUACGUGACCCGGCGGAUCCCACGGAAAGGCUUGCAGGCGCUCCGGGACUCGGGCAUCUGUGAUCUUAAGCAGUGGGAUUCCGAUGACCCUGUUCCUCGUUCCGAGUUACUCAAAGAGGUUGCUGGAGUGCAUGGGCUGUAUUGUUUACUGACUGAGGAGAUAGACAGGGAACUUUUAGAUGCCGCAGGACCCAACCUGAAAGUUAUCAGCACCAUGUCUGUGGGGUUUGAUCAUCUCUCUUUAGAAGAAAUCAAAAAAAGGGGAAUUCGAGUGGGCUACACUCCUGAUGUCCUGACCAAUGCCACUGCUGAACUCACUGUAGCCUUGCUCCUGGCUACAUCUCGUCGACUGAUGGAAGCCGUGGCUGAAGUCAAAAGUGGUGGCUGGGGCACGUGGAAACCCUUGUGGCUUUGUGGCUAUGGACUGUCUGACAGCACCGUGGGGAUUGUGGGCCUGGGAAGAAUAGGUUUGGCUGUGGCACAGCGACUGAAGCCAUUUGGUGUGAAGAAGUUUCUGUACACGGAUUUUGAGCCAAAGCCAGUGGUUGCAGCCGAGAUACAGGCUGAAUAUGUGUCUUUGGAUAAACUAGCAGAGGAAUCAGACUUUGUGACUGUGCACUGUGCUUUGACACCUGACACAAAAGGCAUCUGCAACAAUAAGUUGUUUUCAAAAAUGAAAAAGACAGCAGUAUUCAUCAACACAAGCAGGGGAGCAGUGGUCAAUCAGGACGACCUUUAUGAGGCUCUGACCACUGGCCAGAUUGCCGCAGCAGGACUGGACGUCACCGUUCCUGAGCCAUUGCCCACUGACCAUCGUCUGCUGUCACUGAAAAAUUGUGUUAUUCUACCACAUGUUGCAAGUGCCACCAUCGCCACUCGCACUGCCAUGGCUGUGUUGGCAGCUAAUAACCUCCUGGCUGGUCUCAAAGAUGAGCCGAUGCUAAAAGAGCUGAUCCUGUGAUGCAGAGGCACCUUGUAGCUGCUUGUUCUGUGCCCGACCACUGCCUGACUCUUGGACUCCACUGGCUGUAUGAUUAUCGAAAAACAAAGCCUGUUCAUUCACUUUGAAAAAAACAAUCUUUUAUCCAAUAAAGUGGAAGUCUUCAUAGCAA